AUGCGAGCCUCUGUUAUUGCUCUCUGGCUCAGCGGCCUAGUUCCGCGAGUAGUCGUGUUGACGACUGCCCAGACCUCUGGGGAGCAAGCGGCUUUCUAUGUCCCGCAUUCCUCCGGAAGGGUCAUCACGCCAGCAGUCUCCGCGUUCAUCGAGGAUGCACUUGCUACCUCAACCAUUCCCGGUUUGGCUUUGGGAGUUGUACGCCUCGAUGAGAAUCGUCAGCACAUGGUUGAAUUAGAAGCAUGGGGAAGGCAGACAGAGGAGGGCGACGGGGACGAUUUGACUCCAGAUGCCCUCUUCGCGAUCGCGUCAUGUUCGAAGUCGUUCCUGGUGACCUCGCUAGGGCUUCUCAUGGACGACUUCGCGCAAGGGCGUAACGUGACGCCUCUUCCAUCGGGGAUAUUACGGUUCGAUUGGGAUACGAAGGUUCGCGACUUGCUCCCGGACGAGUGGAGUCUACACGACGAGUGGGCCGAAGUAAGUUUGAGCUUGCGUGACGCUUUCUCGCAUCUAUCUGGUUUGCCGAGGCACGAUUUUUCGUACAAGCCCGGAGAUACCGCCACAGAAGUGCUCUGGCGGCUGAGACACCUCUUGCCUGCCUAUGAGCCGCGCGAACAAUGGAUGUACAAUAAUCAGAUGUACAUGGUGGGGGCACACAUCGUCUCCAGGCUUUCUAACAUGUCGUAUCAGUCCUUCGCCUCUUCGCGCAUCUUUGCGCCCCUACACAUGAACUCGACAACAUUCUCUCCCUCCAAGGCGGCAAAGACCGGGCGGUUGACCCAGACGUGGACGCGAGGCGUGCGUCGCGUCCCAUUUUGGUUUUCGGACGAAGUUGCCGACCUCUUUGCCGGGGCUGGCGGCAUCAUCUCGAGCGCGGAGGACGUGACGAAAUGGCUCGCUGUGCUUCUUAACAAGGGAGUCGAUCCCUUGACAACUGCCACAAUCAUCCCGGCCUCCGUCCUGGAGGCUAUGACCACGACUCGUGCUGUGGUCAGUGGUAUCCCAGAGGGGCCCUUAUCCAUCAUAGGGUACGGAAUGGGCUGGUUCCGGAUGGCCUAUAAGGGACACGACGUGGUGUGGCACUUCGGGGCGAUCCCAGGAUUCUCACUGCUUGUCGCAUUCCUACCGCGUGGCAACUUGGGCGUUGUGCUCCUCGCAAAUAUGGACGAGAAGCAGGAGAACAAUAUGAAGAUCUUAUAUCGGGUGAUCGAUGAGGCUUUGGGCCAGCCGCAGAAUGCUGAGGAUGAAGUUAGUGUGCCCGAUACUUUCAGAUACAACAUACCAGCGGUACCAGGACAGGGUGGGAUAGGAUCAGAACCCUUGCCGUUGACCCUAGAUGCCUACGCCGGCACGUACGAGGAUCCCCUCUAUGGCAGCAUCACCUUCUGCUCGCCGUUGAGUACAUCUGAGUACUGCAUACGCGUCCUAGAAGACUUCGCAUCAGUCGACAGCUCCUCGCACUCUCCUUCCUCGCCCAGCCUCCUCGCGGCGUGGCCGCGGGUGUGGUCGAGCCAUGUCCGGCUCAGGCAUUCCACGGGGACCACAUUCGCGCUCAUCUUCCCACGACUCUUCCCACAGGGCUAUGGAAAGAACACGACGCCAUUCGAAUUCUACGAUUCGCAAAUCUCGGUAGGGAGAGUCAAGUUUGUCGUCGAGGGAAAGGAAGACGAGCGACGGGUGGUCGGCUUCUCUUUGAUCACCGAUGAGCAGGCCGCUGCCGCACGGGUGGCGCGGUCCCAACGUGGAGUUCGGGAGGUUGGUGACGCGUGGUUCACCAAAACCAUAUCUUAGCGAUAACCAAUGCGGAGUUGCUCCUCCUUAC